AUGCUUGACGAACAGCUAUUAGGUAUCAACGAAAGCUCUGAUUUCCAAGGUUUCUUGACAAAACCACUAUUUCAAAGCCGAAUAAAACGAUACACAUUUGGAUUUUUCAGUAAACUUUUUAAGCUAAAAUAUAGUCACAAGAUUAAGCUAAAAACUCAGCUUGUAAUAGAAAUUGUGACAAAUUUGGUUUUGAUGUUACAAUUAAUAAGCCCAUUUUUUUUUGUUUAUUAAUAAUUCUGACAAGCAAGAUCCCAUUUUAGCUAAAAAAUUAUUAAUUUAUCCUCAAAAAGGUAUAACGUUUAAAGAUAAUUAUAUAUCAUUGACUUGAUACCCUAAUUAUGAAGUUUCUGAGUGGGAGUCAUAUGCAACGUUUUGGAAAAUUCUUGGUAUUGUAAGUUAUGACGAGCUUUGCUUUGAAUAUGGAACUGAAGAUAUUUGUUUUUUUGGAACUAUUGGACUGAUAGGGUCCUGCAUUAUCUGUUUUAUAAUUUUUGGAGUUUAUGUAUAUAUAGAAAAAGAGCCGCCAAAUAUUAUCACAAAUUUGCCUAGAAAAAUCAGCAUGCCGCUGACUUCAAUUUGUUUUAUUCCAAGUCUGAUGAUUUUACUGAUGGUUUUUAAAUAUUCAGUUAUAGCCAGUGGAGAAGUGACUGAAUACGACAAUUCUACACGAGAUUCCUUGGAUUAUGGCGCAGCUGGAGGGGUCAUUUCUAUUAUUUUAAUUAUUUUUCUCUUGCAGAUUAAGUUCUUUUCAGAAAUUUUUUCAUGUGAUAUUCGGCAUUCUCGAUCAAAUGAAAAUAUAAAAGCAAGAUGUUGCUCAGAAGCAGAUUUUAAUAGAUUUAUUUUUUACAUAGCUACUUGUAUAUUGUAUGUAUCUCUUGGGGACUACCAAAUUGAGUACCAAAUUAUUUCAUUUGUGGCUUCUUCUUAUGUUUUUAUACAGACUCUAAGGUAUUUGCCUUAUUACAAUUUUAUUGAAAAUUCAAUCCAAGCAGUCAAGUUGUCGGCGAUUUCAGGAUUUUUAUUAAUUUUUUUAUUUGGGGAGCUUUUACUUUCUAUUUAUAAAAAAAAUUAAUAAAAAUAUCCUUAAAAACUAUUUCAGUUUAUCAAAUAAUGAGCAUUUCUGAGUUAGAUAAUUCUCUUAUUAUUUUGUGAAUGAAUAUAUUUAUCCAACCUUUGAUAUUUUUUUUUGUUAUAAAAAUUGUCAGACAUUUAUAUAAAAAUCUUCCCCAAAGAACUUCUGAUAUAAGAAACCAGUUUGAUUUUGAAAAAAAAUUCCGUCAUUUAUUAGUCGAUAAAUCACUUGUCGACAAGCGAUAUGUCCUGGAUUUAUUUGCAAAAUUUUCUAAAGGAAAACAGUUCAGUAAAUCAAAAUUAUUUGUUAUAUGGGAAUUCAACUUCUGUCUUUCUAUUAUAAAAGAUGAACGGCUAGCUAGGGUAAAAUUAGCAAAAAUAGCAGAAAUUCCUUCUUCUUUAGAAGGGGAUGCUCAGGAAUGAAGGCUAUUUAAUUGGCUUAUCGGCAGGAAAUGCCACAUAUAUCCUGAUACAAAUUAUUUGGAAUAUUUAACUGAGCUUAACAAGGUAAAAACCAAAGAUGAAGAGCUUUGCUUAAUUUUGGUUGAAUUAAGAUCAGAACUUUCUUCUAGGACCCCAAGGCUCCCUAAACUUAUAAAUUUAGCUAACAGAAUCCACGACAAUGUAGAUAAUAUAAAAAAAGAAUAUAAAAGUAUUAUUGAAAAAUACAAAAAUAUUGACGCUUUUGAGCUCUAUGGGAGCUUUUUAGAAAAUAUUAUGAAAAAUCAUGAGGAAGCUUUAAUAGUCAACAGAAAAAAACAUGGAAUAAAUCUGUAUAAUAUGAGGGGAGAGGAUAAAAAAUUAGAAAGAUAUGGCAGGGAAAACGCUAUUGUUUUAAUUUCAGCAUCAAAUGUAUCGUUUGGAUCUAUUGUCUACAUAAAUGAAAAAGCUGCACAGAUUUUGAAAACUCCUGCCACAGAUACUUGUGGGAUGCCUUUUAAUAAUUUUAUUGCUCCCCCUUAUAAUAUACUUCAUGAUACCUGCAUGAAAAGAUUUGUUUUAAAUAAUCAUAGCAUUGAUAUUCCUUAUCAUAAAAGUCUUCCUCUUAUGACACAGCAUGGCAAUCUUCGUGAAUGCAAUAUUCUAAUAAAAUUGACUGCUUUUCAUAGUCAUGCAUAUUUUUUGGCUAAUAAUUAUUAAUAGUUUUUAUAUGAAUUUUCUUAAUUUUUUUAAAAUAAAAUUAUUUGUACAGAUUGAUAUAAUUUUUGAAAAAAAAAACUUUAUUUAAACAAUUUUUUUUAAAUUUUUAUAAGAAAAAAAAUCCUAGCCAUAUUUUUUGGUAUCAUUUAGGGAAAAAAACACCAGUCGAGAAAUAGCAGUAAUUUCCCCGGAUGGGCACAUUUAUUGUCAUACUGAAUUUUUCACUAUCUGCAUUAACUCAGCAGGCCAAAACGUAAGAGGCAAGCACAUUUCAGAUCUUUUCCCAAUGCUCGAUUUUUAUAACAUGGAGCCUUUUGAGCCUUGAAUAAUUUCUUUUGAAAACAAACAAAUAGCAGUUAUCCACACAAUAAAACAAAUGAGUGCAUAUACCCUGCAUUUUAUUAUAUUAGUCCACGAUGAAAAAGAAAUAGAAAAAUGAAAAGACGGCCAAGACCCAGACCAGAUUGAAUAUUACGGAAACUCCACAAUUAUUGACGAAAAUGACGAGCCUUCACAAAUUUUUGUUGAAAAAAAAUAUGAAAGAAAAGCUUCAAAAGUUCGGCUUCAUACAGUCAAUCAGUAUAUGACGUCUAUUACGAAAUCUUUUGACAAAGAAAACUCAGAAAUUCCUACACAAAUUAGUAAUUUUGUAGCUGAAAGCCGAGAUUUAGAAACUUUUGACGAUAAAUCAGGGGCGACAAGCUGCAAUGAAAGCAGCCAGUCUUCGACAAAAGCGAGUAAUUUUUAUUUAGAGUUUGCUCAAAGGCUAAUAGUUGCUUCAAAAAAAAAAUUAAAAAUUCUUCAAUUGGUUCUGUUUGUUACAGUAAAUGUAAAAUAG